CCGUUGAUUCCCGUCGCCCCCUCAUUCUGAUUCCACCCACCACCAAAUCGCCGGCGAUUCCCGGUGACAGCCGCGGCUCACGGAGAUCCCGGAGCGCGCGUCGUGUACGGGCGAAGCGGACAGCGCCUCGCGACUAGAGGUCCUACGGCGGGAGCGGCGGCCGCCCCUGGCCAACGGUGAGCUACACGGAGGGCAGCAGCAGCGAGAUGGAAUCACAUUGCCUGUGUCGGCGGCUAUGGAGAGAAGUGUAGGAAGCUUCAGCGCGAGUUGGGGAGAUGGUGGCGAGGGGAGCUCGUACCGGCGGCGGUUGGAGAUGAGACGCAGGGCAGUAGCCGCGCAUGGAAAUGGGGGACGCACCUUGGUGCGGUGGGGGACUAGCAGCAAAGGCGCCAUCUACUCCAGGAUCCCGGCGCUGGUUCAUUGGGUUAGCGCCUGCUGCCUCUGCUCCGGUGGGAGCCGCUCCUGCUUGUGCUCCGGUCGUCGCCAGCAGGUCGAGUAGGUGGCGUCGUCGAGGUUCCUGCAGUCGUGAACAGGAGACCUGGGAGCUGAGCCGGUUCGGGGAUCACGGGCAGCGCCGUCAACAUAGAGCUGAAAAAAGGCCUGUAGGGGCCCGGUGGGUGGGGGCGUUUGUGCUGGUUCGUUCUCCUCCCGAACAAAUCGUUUGGUCAAUGCCCCUGCCCUCCCAAGCGAUUCGUUCGGGUAGGGGUGUCUGCAGGCCGAACAGACACGCCUUUAUCGGGGUCAUUUAAUAUGCAUUUUCACGAUGACAUUUUUAUAUUUCAUAAGGUUUUCAUAUUUUAAGAACAUGGCAAUUUUUUAACUUUCUAGCAUGCCAAAAAAUUAGUUUAUUACCAUGGCAAUUUCGAGCUUCAUUUUGGCAUGCAAUUUUUUUUGUGAUGUCAACUUUUCUUUAUCACAACAUGGCAAAAAUUCCCUUUCAUUUUGCGUGACAAAUUUACUUUAACAAACAUGGCAAAAAAAUCCUUUCAUUGCCAUGCAAUUUUUUUACUCUUUUUUGCCAUGUCAAAUUUACAAUUUUUGGUCAUGGCAAAAUUCUCCUUUUAUUUUCCAUGCCAAAAUAAAGAAAAAUUAUGGAGCAUGGCAAAUUAGCUUUCUACUUGCGAUGUCAACUUUUACUUUAUUUCGCCAUGGCAAUUUUUAACCUUCAUUGCCAUGGCAAUUUUACGGUUAAUUACUUGGCAAAUUUACUAUCUACAUACAUGGGAAAUUUUACUCUAUUUUUGCCAUGUCAUAAUUUUACUUUAUUUUUUCAUGGCAUAAUUUUAACUUUAUUGACAUGGCAAUUUUACUGGAACAUACAUGGCAAUUUUCACUGUACUUUGCCACGUCAAAAAAUUACUAUAUUUUUUGCCAUGGCAAUUUUACCUUAAAAUACUUGGCAAAUUUACAAUUUAAAUACAUGGCAAAUUUUACUCUAUUUUUGCCAUGUCAGAAUUUUACUUUAUUUUGCCAUGGAAUUUUUUUAACUUCAUUACUAUGGCAUAUUUACUUUUAAAUACAUGGAAAUUUCGCAUGGUCAAUUUUAAAUUAGUUUCAUGGCAAUUUCUCCAUGUUUUUAUUUUUUUGGCUGCGUGUAAUUAAAACACCACAGCAAUUUUCCUGUAUAAGUUUUUCUUCUCAAAUUCCAUACAAAGCAUGUCAAUUUUAAUUAAAACAUCAUGGAAAAUUUUAAUAUUUUUAAGCAUGCCAAAUUUGAGAUUUUUUUACCUUGCGCUACUUUAUUCUCGGACCACGGCAAAUUAUAUUUUUUUCGACCCUGGAAUUAGAAUUUUUCAUUAAACUUUUUGAUCAAAGACAUACCCACUAACUGGUUUUUUACAUGCUCACGUAGCAGGAUUUUUUUUGUUUCUAUUGUAAAAGAAGCGUCAUUUUUUGAUUUUUUUAAGAACUAUUUUUUGUUUAUAAAGCUGGGCCUUUUUAGGCCCUUUUUUGGUUUUACGUACACGUGUUGAGGGAAGAGGCUGAAAGGGUUCGGGCUGCCCUUCCACCACACCGAACGACACAAUCGUUCGUUCCAUCGCUCCUCCCUGCCGAACCUUUCCGUUCGGACCGGGGUUCUCCCAGACCGAACGGUCGGGAGUUAUCGACGUCCAAAAAAAAAAAACCCAAUCCUGUUCAUGCAUGGUGCCGGUCUGCCGGACAAGCACUCUGUAUCUCUAUACCACCGUGAACCACCACACAACCUGUAAAGCGCAGACGUGCAGUGCGGGUGCAGCAACGGGGGUGGCCGGAACAACAAACCCGUGUGCCCGGCGCGCCACCCCAACGGCAAGGCGAGGGCCGGCCACCCCGUUCCGUUCCGUUCCACGCGAUCGGCGCUACCAGCUCGAAUACAAAAUAUCGAAAUUGUUCGGUUUAAAAUGGCCCGUCCCCUACUUGCUCUGCUGCACUUGUCCUGCGCCAGCACCGCGCUCCAGGUCACCAGCUCGACCUCGCAGAGCGCGCCCACCGCCGGAAUGGCUUCCAGCGCCGCCGCCGACGUGGUUGAGACCGAGCUGUUCCCCUUCAUCCGCGUGUACAAGAGCGGCCGCGUCGAGCGCCUGCUCGGCACCGACACCGUGCCGGCGUCCUUGGACGCCUCCACGGGCGUGGCGUCCAAGGACGUCGUCAUCGACCCGGCCACCGGCGUCUCCGUCCGCCUCUACCUCCCGCCAGCGGCUGCGGCGUCCGGGGGCGAAGGCAAGAAGCUGCCCGUCCUCGUGUACUUCCACGGCGGCGGGUUCAUGGUCGAGACGGCGGCCUCCCCGACGUACCACCGCUACCUCAACGCGCUCGCCGCCCGCGCGGGCGCGCUCGCGGUGUCCGUGGAGUACCGCCGCGUGCCGGAGCACCCGCUCCCCGCGGCCUACGACGACUCGUGGGCGGCCCUGGCGUGGGCGGUCGCCGGCUCCGCACCGGGAGGCCCCGAGCCGUGGCUCGCGGCGCACGGGGACGCGUCCCGCGUGUUCCUCGCCGGCGACAGCGCGGGCGCCAACAUCGCGCACAACGUCGCCCUGCGCGCCGCCGCCGAGGGCCUCCCGCGCCCGUGCGCGGCCAUCGUCGGCGUGCUGCGGGUGCACCCCUACUUCUGGGACCCGACCAACGCCAUGGCGCCGGCGCUGGAGGUCAGGAUCCGCAACGAGUGGCGGUUCAUGUGCGCGCGCCCCGACGCCGGGGUCGACGACCCGAGGUUCUGCCCGACGUGCGCCGUGGCGGCGCCGCGGCUCGCGGCGCUGCCGGGCAAGAGGGCGAUGGUGGCCGUGGCGGGCGACGACUUCCUGGCGGUGAAGGGGCGGGCGUACCACGCGGCGCUGCUCGCGAGCGGGUGGCGCGGGGAGGCCGAGCUGGUGGACACGCCGGGGCAGGACCACGUGUUCCAUCUCAUGCGGCCGGGGACGGAGGCGGCCGCAGACAUGUUGGACCGCGUCGCGGGGUUCAUUUCUCGUGCUUGACCUCACCUGCUCCCCGUUGAAGUUGAACCGUGCGCGGUUCCUGUCGUCGUGCGUUAGGGCGGCUAAUAAAUGAAGCAGACUCGCUAUCUCCCAAGAGCAACGGAUUUGAAGUCUUCUCUCGUUUGCUAUACAUCUGUGCUGCAUCCAUCGGCGUGCGUUGAAAUUAGUAUGUUUCGUGUCUAUGUCAGUAACAAUAUUUUCUUUGAAUUUUGAAAAACUUGAUAGGCUCCCCAUGACAACAUAGUGGGAGCUCAA